CGGCAGUGGUGGGAAUGUGCCUGUAGCUCUGCUGCUCUGUGCCUCGCCUCGGGCCGCGACUGAGCGAGGAGCUCCUGUGAGGAAGCGGGGCUGCCGCCCCGGGGCGGCUCGGACUGCGCCGUGCCGGGGAGCUGUCGCCUCCCGCCCAAUAAAGAAGAAUGUCCUUGUUUAAAGCUAGAGACUGGUGGUCCACCAUACUUGGAGAAAAGGAAGAAUUUGACCAAGGCUGUCUGUGUGUUGCUGAUGUUGAUAAUAGUGGCAGUGGACAAGAUAAAGUUAUUGUGGGCAGUUAUAAUGGAUAUCUCCGAAUCUUUAAUCCACAUCCUGUGAAACCUGGAGAUGAAGUACAACCUGAAGACUUGCUCUUGGAAGUGCAGUUGCGAGAACCAAUAUUGCAGGUGGAAGUGGGAAAAUUUGUUUCUGGUACUGAAGGACUUCAUCUGGCUGUGUUGCAUUGCCGAAAACUCUGUGUGUAUGCUGUUUCAGGAACUCAGGGGAAUGUGGAGCAUGGGAACCAGUAUCAGAUUAAACUGAUGUAUGAGCACAAUCUUCAGAGAACUGCUUGUAAUAUGACUUAUGGCCCAUUUGGUGGUGUAAAAGGUCGAGAUUUGAUCUGCAUACAGUCCAUGGAUGGGAUGCUCAUGUUGUUUGAACAAGAAAGUUACGCUUUUGGCCGGUUUUUACCUGGUUUUCUUCUGCCUGGUCCUUUGGCUUACAGCUCUCGCACAGACUCUUUCAUUACAGUCUCUUCUUGUCAGCAGGUUGAGAGUUACAAAUACCAAGUGCUGGCAUUUGCGACAGAUGCUGAUGAAAGACAUGACACAGAACAGCAAAAACUCAGUUCUGGAAAAAGGCUUGUGGUGGAUUGGGUUUUAAACAUCGGAGAGCAAGCACUGGAUAUAUGCAUUGUCUCAUUUAAUCAGGGAGUUUCUUCUGUUUUUGUGCUUGGUGAGAGAAACUUCUUUUGCUUAAAGGAUAAUGGGCAAAUACGAUUCAUGAAGAAGCUUGAUUACAGUCCGAGUUGCUUCAUUCCUUACUGUUCAGUGCGAGAAGGAACAAUAAACACUUUAAUUGCAAACCACAAUAAAAUAUUGAACGUUUAUCAAGAUAUUACAUUGAAAUGGGCCACUCAACUUCCCUGCAUUCCUGUAUCAGUAAAAGUAGCGAAUUUUCAAGACUUGAAGGGUGUUAUAGUCACUCUGAGUGAUGAUGGGCAUCUUCAAUGUUCAUAUCUUGGAACUGAUCCUUCACUCUUCCAGGCUCCUAAGGUUGAUUCUAGGGAAAUAAACUAUGAAGAAAUGAAUGCUGAAAUGAAAGAGCUUCAGAAAAUCAUCAGGGAGGCCACAAAAACACAAGAUAUUUUGCCUGAAUCUGAAAAGCAGAGAGAUGUAACUGUCACAGCAGAAGUUUCACCUGAUUUGGAUGAAGAAUCUCAAGCCAUUGACAGUGAGGUAAAAGCAGGGGCAGUACCAUCAGUCACUGUAAAGAUAACAAUCCAGAGCAGAGUGGCAGCACAGAAGCCAUGUCUGGCUGUGUGUGUGCAAGCUCCGUUAGCAGUGACCUGUGACCAGUUUGUCUUCGAUGAUUUAGAACCAGAUACAUCUGAAACUGUGGUACUGUCUGUCUUUUUGAAGGAGAAUUGUUCUCCACCAGAACUAGAAGGGACUUGUAUGUUUUCAUAUAAUAAAUCAACAGAGCUCAAUCCUGAAGGAAUACCAAGAGUUUCACAGUGUAGCUUCAGUCUGCCUUUGAAGUUAGUUUGCUUUCCAGCUCAACCUUCAAAAGCAGGAAACCACAAGCUAACUAUUGAUACCAACAAACCUCCCAUCAGUUUUGUUACCAUUUUUCCAGACUUUGUUGAUCCGUCUGAGGGUGACCAAGCAAAUGCUCUCGGAUUUCAGUUUUUAACUGGCUCAAAAACCACUCUUCUUGCUUCAAAAACAUCACAACGAUACAGAAUUCAGAGUGAUCAGUUGGAAGACCUUUGGCUGGUAACAAAAGAGCUCAUACACCGACUACAAGAGCAUUUCAAGAAGCAAAACUGCAAGGAUUUUGCAUGUACCUUUUCUGGUUCGAUUCCCCUGCAGGAAUAUUUUGAACUAAUUGAUCAGCAUUUUGAGCUACGUUUGAAUGCUGAGAAGUAUCAGGAGCUGUUAUCUGAAAGGGCUGUACAGUUUCGAGCUAUUGAGCGGCGUCUGCUGACACGAUUCAAGGACAAAACUCCAGCUCCUCUUCAACAUCUGGACACCUUGCUAGAAGGAACAUUCAGAGAGGUAAUCGCUCUAGCAGAUGCAGCAGAAGAAAAUCAAGCCAACAUGUUCCAGGCAUUUGCAAAGUUGAAAAGUGCCACCCAUCUGGUGAUUAUGCUGAUUAGUUUGUGGCAGAAGCUCAGCACUGAUCAAAUUGCUAUUUUGGAAGCUACGUUUUUGCCAUUAGCAGAAGAUACGCAAGAGCUGGGUUGGGAAGAAACUGUGGAUGCUGCAGUCUCUUACUUGUUAAGAACUUGUUUGUCAAAGAGCUCCAAGGAGCAGGCCCUGACUCUCAACAGCCAAUUGUCCAUGCCCAAAGAUACCAGUAGAUUGAAGAAAAACAUCACCCUCUUCUGUGAUAGACUGGCCAAAGGCGGUCGCCUUUCACUGAAUACCGACUUGGCCACUCAGCCAGCUGCUGUCAUGCCAGGUGGCUGUGCUACAAUCCCAGAAUCUGAUCUCGAGGAAAGGACCAUUAUACCGGGCUCCACAGUGGUGUUCGCCAGUCUCGGGCAGACCGCAACACAGAAAUCCAAGCCUGGUCUGUCUGAGGAUGCAGCAGAGGAAACAAAAAGCCAUGAACUCUGACGACAACCCUCAGGAGAAAUUUCUAUCUGAUGCCAGAUGCAUUUAUAAUGCAGCAGUACCAAUCCAUUUUACUCUGUAGUGAUUACAGCUUCCAGAAGGAGAGAACUGUGCUAAUUUAUAGAAAAACAAAAAAUGUUCCACUCUAAUAAUUUGGUUGGGUCUCCCUGCUAACUGCUAUCAUCCUUUCUGUGAGCAAAGUUUAAGCACUUACCCAACUGUGGUAGGGGUGUUUUGUUGUGUUUUGUGAUAUAUCAUCCCUUUCUAAGGAUUCAGUUGAUUGAUCAAAGACGGUUUAUAUAUAGUUAAAAGAAAACUUUGUUUCACGAUAUGUUUUGUCUUUUUAAAAGAUUUUCUGAACUGUACCUCCCUUUGAGAUUAUAUUAACAUUUGUUGUAUCACAGUUUUGACAAAAGAUAAUUAUCUCGUUUCCUCCUAUACUAACAUUCAUGAUUCCAGACAGCUGAAUUCACCACCAGGAGAAAAACUGGUAAUCCAUCAACUCUUUCCUCCCCUCUCUCAUUGCCUAUACAGACUCCUGCUCUCUAGAGAUAUAGAGUAAAAUAUGGUUACUGGACAUAAAGGGCAAACUCUUUUGCCAUUAACUAUGCCACUAUGAAUGGGAGUAAAGUUUACAGUGUAAGUACCCUGAGCACAGCAGCACAUGGAUCUUUUUAUGGUUACCUGUGAUUUCUGCUUUUCUUGUCAACCAGUCUGCUCUAGUUAUGUGUAAGAUUUUCAAAAGUAACUACCAACUUCUGAGUGCCUUCACUUUUAUUAAUCCAGUUGGAGGGUGCUUUGAGUGUUGUGUAUUUUGAAAGUUCUGAGUAUUCGCCUUCUGAAGGUCAGGCUCAUGCAAGGUGCCUGAAACACAGCACCCAACAACUGAGGCAAACUUGGUCUAGAGUUUGGAAGAGUCAGGCUCAUGUCUGGAUUUCUGAGAGUGAGUUGAGAUAUUACUAAAAAACACCUGGAACUGAAAAUAACUGAGACCAGGCUCAAGUGUAUAAACAGGCAUUUGAACAACUGUUGCUAGUUCAUACCAAGAUAUACGUUGCAGUCUCUUGGAUGGCACAUACAGAAUGCACUGAUAGCUGCAGUUUAGUUUGUGUAGAUGCAAGUGCAUGAGCCAUCUCCCCAUCCCACACUCCUGUUGGUUCCCUCAACAGGGAUUCACCAGCUCCUAUUCUAGCAUAGUAAAGGCCCCUCCAACUCACUUUUGUGCUGUUUCAAAAGAGGCUGUAACAGUUGCUGUGGUCAAUGCUAGCUUGAUCUAUGGCUAAUAAGGAGGCAUUAUUUUUUCAGAAUGUCUUAAGCCAUCAACCUUCAUCAUCUCCAUGUCUACUUUCAAUUUCUUUACCUCCACCCACCCCAAAAACAAAACCAGCUUUGCAGCUCUUGUGCAUCUGCUGCUUAACCCUCUGGCCCUAUUCUGGCUCAGUACACGAUAUAACUGUUUCAAGAAGCCUUUUUCAACAUGUUAGCUAUUAAAUAGCUCAGUAGCCAAGGACUUGGGUAAGGCCUCUGAUACCUCUAGGGAUGAAGUGAGCUGUAACUCCCAACAAAAAGACUGUCCCCCAGGAGAUCUCAGAUUUAUCUACAAAUUGUGGGGCCAGAAAUCUUGCUUCUUUCCCAGGAAGGAAAAAAUCCUACCCCCUGCUUGUUGUGGAGUGAUUCUGCUCUCUGAGUUUCUUCCCUCUGAUCCCUCCCCCGUGGUGUUUUGUCAGGAGGGUGGUAUCCAACCCAUUGUCAAGGUACCCUGCUGUGCUGUGAAAAUUACACAAUAAAAUAAUCUCCUUUAGUCUCUGUACACACCUCAGUGACCAAAAAAGUCCAUGGAAAACUAAUCAAUUACUGUAGCUAUUAGGCUUAAAUGUUAACUGUAGAUCUCAAAUCUUCUUUUGUCCUCCUGUCAGUGGCUACUAGGGACUCUUGAAAAAUCAAGCACAGUUACUACAGAAAGCCCAUACCAUAAUGGUGUAGAAUCCUGGACCAAAGAAUCCUAAAUUAUAGGCAUAUAAUAUAGCUGGAAAGUACACUGCUAUGAGACUUCUGUGAAAUAUAUUACUCUGUCAUGAUUCCCAUUAUUGAAUGUGAUCCCAGUGCUCAGAGCUGCCUGGCUUCAUUGGGACUUUAGGGUAAAUGACAAGUAGGCACUCAGGUCAAUUAUAUCAUCCACUCUUAUUGAAGUUAUUUUCUGUCAUUUUAAGAUGUAAUGCUCAGAAGCACUCUUAUUUGCCUUUCCUGCUCCAUGGUUUGCAAAAUAAGGUCUCAUGAGAAUAGUUUUACAAAAAGGAGAAAAUAUG